AUGACGGGGCUGACGGCGCGGCAGCAGUCGCGGCUGGUCAUGUACCUGGAUGAUGCGCUGCUGCGUAUGGCGCGCGCGUUCCAGAAGCGGCACGAGCCUGAUGCGCCGCUGCACACGCUGCGUGCGUUCCUGGACGCGUGGUCGCCGCAUGUGCGCGUCGUUACGUCGACGCCGCAGGAUACAGCCGCUACGGCUGCGCUGCGCGAUACGUACCUCAUGCGCAUUAUGAGCGACAUGUCAGAGGGCGUCGUGGGCUAUGCCUGCAGCGCGGAUGACGCGCUUGACACCGAUACCCAGCUCAUGUAUGUGCUGUACUGGAUGGACGUGCUGGAUCAUCUGUGGGCUGCGCGACUGAGCGAGCGACACGUUGCGUUGGACGAGGUGCAGAAGUGCGCUGCGUCUGUGUUUCCCACGCCGGAGGAUGCGCCGCGGGUGCACCCUGUUGUCCAGGAGGUCGUGAUGGACGAUCGCGUGCUGGGCACGCCGGUCGACAUGCCGCGGUACUCGCCGACGGACUGCGUGCGUCUGCGUGAUGAGAUGACGCGGGCUCGUGAGCAGCUGUUUGGGUGGAUGCGUGAUCAGCUGCGUCUUCCGCGGCCGCCUACGAUCGAGGAGGAGCCGGCGUCGCUGUCGUCGAGUGACGACGACGACGAUGAGGCACCGGCGCGGGAGGCGGAGGAGGCGCCCGCGUCCGAGUCGGAGCAUUACGCGCGUCUGUUUGACAAGCGCCUGGAUCCGGAUGCUGAGCCGCCCGCGAAGCGCACACGCGUCGAGGAUCACGCCUUUUGGGACACACACUAUGCGUCGCUAUUUGCACGCUCGCUCAGGACGCUUCGGCCUACGCCAUAG